AUGGGGGGAAGAAAUAUGCGCUCUCAUGGUGGUGGUGUUAGAAAGGCCUCGGUCUUGGUGACUCGGAUUCUCUGUUUUGUGGAGGAAGAUGAUAGACUCAACACAAAUGCUAAUGUUACUCUGGAAGGAGAUACUACUGAUUUGGGAGGUGUUAUUCGGGAUCACCAUGGACAUGUGAUUGGUUGCUACUCUAUGGGGAUCAGGGGUUUUAUAUCUGUGGAUCAUGCGGAGUUGUUGGCUGUUCCAGAAGCUCCUUUAGCAGAUGAAGUUCGUGCUGGUCUAACUAUUACCGGUUGCUCUAAAGUUUCUUAUAGUGUUGUUGAGGACUUGGCUGCGGUGUGCGACCGGCUGCUCUCGUGUGGAAGGCAUCGUGCGAGAAGGCUCUGCCAUACUGGGUCGUGUAGCCCUUGUAGGGUUGCGGUCACAGCAGCUUGCUUUUGUGGGAAGAGGACUGAGGUGGUCAUUUGUGGGGAUAUGCCGUUUGAAGGGGAGAUCAGGAAGAAAGGCGGGGUUUUCUCGUGCAAUUCGAAUUGUGGGCGAGUUUUAUCUUGUGGGAAUCAUCACUGUCCGGAGAAUUGCCACCCAGGUCCCUGUGGAGAUUGUGAACUUUUGCCGGAGAAGAUUAGAAGUUGCUGUUGUGGGAAGACGAAGCUGAUGGAGGAGAGGAAGAGUUGCUUGGAUCCGGUGCCGAUUUGUUCUAAUACUUGCGAGAAGUUGCUGCAUUGUGGGAUUCAUCGAUGUGGGUUGGCUUGCCAUGAAGGGGAAUGUCCCAAGUGUUCCGUGAAAGUUAAGCAGAAAUGUCGAUGUGGUUCGUCUCAGAGGACCGUUGAGUGCUACAGAUCCACAGAGGAGAAGGAUAGCUUUGUGUGUGAGAAAACCUGUGGAAGGAAGAAGAACUGCGGGCGCCAUCGCUGCAAUGAGCGAUGCUGCCCGCUAGCAAAAUCAGGCAGUAUGCAAAUUGAUGGGGGUUGGGAUCCUCAUCUUUGUGCAGUGCCCUGUGGCAAGAAGCUCCGAUGUGGGCAACAUUCUUGCCCGCUGCUUUGCCACAGCGGCCACUGCCCACCUUGUCUUGAGACUAUCUUCAUCGAUCUCACUUGCGCUUGUGGUAAGAGUUCAAUCCCUCCGCCGCUUCCCUGUGGAACUCCGUCCCCUUCAUGUCCUCAUCCAUGCUUAAUCCCUCAACCCUGUGGCCACUCUGCCUCCCACACUUGUCAUUUUGGGGAUUGCCCACCUUGUUCUGUCCCCAUUGUUAAAGAAUGCAUUGGUGGUCAUGUCCUCUUGAGAAAUAUCCCUUGUGGUUCGAAGGAUAUAAGAUGCAAUCAGCUCUGCGGCAAGACCCGGCAGUGUGGACUGCACGCUUGUGCUCGCACUUGCCACCCCCCUCCUUGUGAUCCUCAUAUGACUGCUGAUUCUGGUUCGAGGUCUUCUUGUGGGCAAACUUGUGGCACUCCGAGGAGGGAUUGCAAGCACACUUGCACUGCUUCGUGCCAUCCUUUAUCUCCUUGUCCAGAUUUGAGGUGUGAGUUCCCUGUGACAAUUGCUUGUUCUUGUGGUAGGAUCACGGCUACAGUGCCUUGUGGUGUUGGAGGGAGCGUGAGUGGGUUUAAUGUCGAUUCGGUGUUUGAAGCUUCUGUGAUGCAGAAGCUACCGGUUCCUCUUCAGCCCGUGGAAGGAAAUGGGAAGAAGAUACCUCUUGGACAGAGGAAAUUGACUUGUGAUGAGGAGUGCGAGAAGUUAGCGAGGAAGAAACAGCUUGCGGAGGCAUUUGACAUAAGCACCCCAAAUCUAGACUCUUUACAUUUUGGGGAAAACUCAUCUGCAACUGAUUUGCUUGCUGAUAUCUUUAGGAGAGAGCCUAAAUGGGUGUUGGCGAUAGAAGAGAGGUUCAAGUAUUUAGUGCUCGGAAAGGGUAAAGGAACUACAUCAACCGGUCUCAAAGUACAUGUCUUCUUUCCUGUAUUAAAAGAAAAGAGAGAUGCAAUUCGUUGUAUAGCGGAAAGAUGGAAGCUUUCAGUUCACGCAGCAGGAUGGGAGCCAAAACGAUUUCUUGCGGUUCAUGUCACACCGAAAUCAAAACCUCCUGCCCGAAUCAUCGGAUCGAAGCCUGGUGUACCAGUCACGGCUCUUCACCCUCCAACAUUCGAUCCUUCAAUCGAUAUGGAUCCAAGACUUGUGGUCGCAAUGCUUGAUUUGCCAAGGGAAGCAGAUAUAAGUGCUUUGGUCCUGAGGUUUGGGGGAGAAUGUGAACUGGUUUGGUUGAAUGAUAAGAAUGCGCUGGCAGUUUUUAGUGAUCCAGCGAGGGCAGCGACUGCGCUGAGAAGAUUGGAUCAUGGAUCGGUUUACCAAGGGGCUGUUGCCGUUCUUCAGAACAGUGGGGGUUCUUCAGGGGGCAACGCUUGGGGAGGAGGAGGGGCUAGAGAAGGAGGAGCUACUGCUGCUGUUAAGAGUCACAAUCCAUGGAAAAAAAUUAUUGCUCAAGAAUCAAAUCCGAUUUUGACAUCGGGGAACAGAUGGGAUGUUCUUGAUUCGUCUGUUUCUGAACCUAUGGAGGUUAGGGAAUCAGCUGCUCAUGAUGGUGAUGGUGGCGAUAGUAAAUCAGGAGUCGGGGUUUCGGCUUCUACAUUGCAAGUUCCUGAUGGAGAAGUGGAUGAUUGGGAAGAAGCUUGUGAGUGAGAGGAUUUACUUGAAGUAGAGCUUCUUUGGAUCCUUUUUGUUCUGUUUUUGGCUUGUUCAUUGAUCAUUUCUCCCCAGAAUCAUUACUGGAGGUAGUUUUGAGUUUAUACAUGUUCUACAUUCUCUCUUCUUGCUGGACUAGUUUUCUGUCGGCAAGAGGUAAGUCACAUUUUGAUUUUUGUUAAUAUGUGUUUUUAUCUGGAUAUCAUUCUGUUAGUAUAUGUUUUGAGUCUGUUGAUGUA